GCGUUGACUGACAGGCGCACACAUACACACUCGGCCACGCGCGCGCCGUCCGGCCCCACUUGCGCAGCGCGGUUCUGCGCGGGCCGCAUUGUCUGCCAGUCCGCCGUCGGUAGUUCCCCGCGCGUCCCGGGUCCCCGCGCCGACCGCACCUCCCCGGAUUCCGACGCGGUAAGGGGGUGCGCCCGGGCUGCGCAGCUGGCCUCGAACGUCCCCGGCCCCGCACGGAGCAGCGGCGGCAGCAGACUCUUCAGGGGAAGGGUCCCCCGCCCACCUCAUCAUGUCUCGAAGAAGCCAGCGCCUAACACGCUACUCCCAGGGUGACGAUGACGGCAGCAGCAGCAGCGGAGGGAGCUCGGUGAUGGGGAGUCAGAGCGCCCUGUUUAAAGACAGCCCUCUCAGGACCCUGAAGAGGAAAUCCAGCAACGUGAAGCGCCUCUCCCCAGCGCCGCAGCUGGGCCCCUCCUCCGACAGUCACACCUCCUACUACAGCGAGUCUGUGGUCAGGGAGUCCUACUUUGGCAGCCCCCGGGCCGCCUCCAUCGCUGCCUCUCUCACCAGGAACUCCAUCCUCGACGACCAGCCGCAUGGUGACCCCUUCUGGAGUGAGGACCUGCGGGUGAGGAGGAGGAGAGGCACAGGUGGCACUGAGAGCAGCAAAGUCAACGGGCUCCCGGAGAACAAGCUCUCCGAGGACUUCCUCGGGUCGUCCUCGGGCUACUCUUCCGAGGAUGACUACGUAGGCUACUCGGAGACAGACCAGCAGGGUUCAGGGGCGCGGCUACGGAACGCCGUCUCUCGGGCGGGCUCUCUUUUCUGGAUGGUGGUCACUUCUCCAGGCCGGCUCUUCGGACUCCUCUACUGGUGGAUUGGCACCACCUGGUACCGCCUGACGACAGCUGCCUCCCUCCUCGACGUCUUCGUUUUAACCAGGCGCUUCUCAUCACUGAAGACGUUCCUGUGGUUCCUCUUGCUGCUGCUGCUUCUGACUGGCCUGACGUAUGGCGCGUGGUAUUGCUACCCCUUCGGGCUGCAGACGUUGCACCCCGCCGUGGCUUCCUGGUGGGCCUCGAAGGGCAGCGGCGGGCAGCGUGCGGUGUGGGGUUCCAGAGACUCGUCCCCACAUUUCCAGGCUGAGCAGCGCAUUCUGUCCCGGGUACACUCUCUGGAGCGGCGCCUGGAAGCUCUUGCUGCCGAAUUUUCCUCCAGCUGGCAGAAGGAGGCCAUGCGGCUGGAACGCUUGGAGCUGCGGCAGGGGGCUGGAGGGCCGGGGGGCAGCGGCAGCCUGAGCCACGAGGACACCCUGGCGCUCCUGGAGGGGCUGGUGAGCCGCCGCGAGGCUGCCCUGAAGGAGGACUUCCGCAGGGACACCACUGCUCAGAUCCAGGAAGAACUGGUCACCCUGAGAGCAGAGCAUCAGCAGGACUCAGAAGACCUCUUCAAGAAGAUUGUCCAGGCCUCGCAGGAGUCCGAGGCUCGACUCCAGGAGCUGAAGUCUGAGUGGCAAAGGAUGACCCAGGAGUCCUUUCGGGAGAGUUCCAUGAAGGAGCUGGGGCGGCUGGGGGUCCAGCUGGAAGGCCUGCGGCAGGAACUGGCAGCCCUGACCCUGAAGCAGAGCUCGGUGGAGGACCAAGUGGGCCUGCUGCCCCAGCAGCUCCAGGCUGUGCGGGACGACGUGGAGUCUCAGUUCCCUGCCUGGGUCAGUCAGUUCCUUCUUCGAGGUGGGGGAACCCGCACUGGGCUCCUCCAGCGAGAGGAGAUGCAAGCUCAGCUGCAGGAGCUGGAGAGCAAGAUCCUUGCGCAUGUGGCCGAGAUGCAGGGCAAGUCAGCGAGGGAGGCCGUGGCCAGCCUGGGGCUGACGCUGCAGGAGGAGGGCGUGAUUGGGGUGACAGAGGAGCAGGUGCACCGUAUUGUAAAGCAGGCUCUGAAGCGCUACAGCGAGGACCGCAUCGGGAUGGUGGACUAUGCUCUGGAGUCGGGCGGGGCCAGCGUUAUCAGUACCCGAUGUUCCGAGACCUACGAGACCAAGACGGCCCUCCUCAGCCUCUUCGGCAUCCCCCUGUGGUACCAAUCCCAGUCUCCCCGCGUCAUUCUCCAGCCAGACGUGCACCCAGGCAACUGCUGGGCCUUCCAGGGGCCCCAGGGCUUUGCUGUGGUUCGCCUUUCUGCCCGCAUCCGCCCCACUGCUGUUACCUUAGAGCAUGUGCCCAAAUCCUUGUCACCCAACAGCACCAUCUCCAGUGCCCCCAAGGACUUUGCCAUCUUUGGUUUCGAUGAAGACCUGCAGCAGGAGGGGACGCUCCUUGGCCAGUUCACCUACGACCAGGAUGGGGACCCCAUUCAGACGUUUUAUUUUCAGGGCCCUAAAAUGGCCACGUACCAGGUGGUGGAGCUGCGGAUCUUGACUAACUGGGGCCACCCCGAGUACACCUGCAUCUACCGCUUCAGGGUGCAUGGGGAACCCGCCCCCUAGGCCUUCUCUGUGCUGCCGCCGCCGCCAGUGGGGAGGCCAGCUCCUCUCAGCACGUGCCCCCUGCUCUGGGGGUAGCUGCGCAGCACCCCGCCUCUUCCCCCGCACGCUUGAAGCGCACUGACUUCCAGGAGCAAGAAAGAAGAGCCCCUGGCCCAGUGGAGAUGAGAAGGAACACGCAGGCUCUUCCUGGGCGGCGGGUGGCUCGAGCGGUCAGCAGGCUCCGGCGUCUCUUUUCCUUCUUUGUUGUUCUCUGCGUGCCGGGCACCGGGCGUCUUUUUCUCCCUCCUGCGAGGGUGUAUAUAUAUGUAGCAUGUUGUGGGAAAUCAAGGCAGGGAGAGACGGGAUGAGUGCUCAUGUUCCGGCAAAGGUGGACGAGACCUGCCUGCCCCUUGCCCAUGUGCGGGGGCUGGCACCCAGGGCGCUGCGUAAAUGAAGCAGGUGCCAAAGCCGUGGGUGAAACAGGCUAGGGCCUGGGGCAGCUGAGCUGUGCCCCCUCCCUAGGCAAGAGAAGUGAGGUCCUCUGGGAGGAGGGUGCAGGCUGGGACUGGUCCCCAGGCAGGAAGCUCCUGGGAGAAGGCAGCUGGGCUCCUCCAGAAAGCUAGUGCCGUCAGCCUAGGCCCACAGCAUUCCUGAAGGGCUUCUAUACACUGUAUUUGUCCUGGGUCAGGGUGGGCCAUGAGGCUUCUUGUACCCUGGAGGGUCUGGCUCCUGGGAGCCUGAGGGUUACUGCUUCUGUGGCCCUGUAGGAGUCCCCUCUGCUGGGGACAGUAGUUGCUUUCUCUCCCCUGAUGCUGGGACUGGGGCCCACUCUGCUCCCCACUCCUGCUAGGGCCUACCUGUGCCCCAGCACAAGCUUGCUGCAUUCCCCCAGGGUGCCCAGACCUGUCCUUCGAGGCCAUAAACAUCUGGGGUCAACUAGAAGUGUUCAGGGGACUCCCUGGGCUCUUGUGGUGGCCCAGCGAUACAAUGACAGUGACACUCAGGGUGCCACGGUGGGAGGAGGUCUGUCUGCACUGUUGGCCCUACCCCACCCCUAUCAGGCCGCUGAUGUAAGAGGCCCCCUAACCCUAAGCCACUCCCGGGGGCUCUCUCAGCUCUUGCUCAAUUCUGUUUCUAUUCUGACUCAUUUUCUAUGGGGGACAGUCAGGGGUGGGGGGCUGGGUUGGUUAGGAGGGGGGGGGGGCCCGAGGUGGGAGCUUUUGGACCCAGCAGGCCCUGCUCUAUUAUGUAUGUAUUUUUCAAGGUCUGUUUUUUAACUGAAAAGCUAAGGGCUUGAUUCCUAGCCCCGUUCUGUGGGGCCUCGGGUGAGUUCAGGUCCUUGUAACCUGGCUGCCAAGAAGCGCUUGGGGCACUGGUUCCAACUCUGUGGUUCGUUCCGGCCCGUGGGGAGGUGGCAGGAAGGGCUGCUGUGCAGGUGGGCGCCCUGAAGGGAGGACGGAGCUGGGACGAAGGCGAGGCCCCGGCCAUCCUGUGAUCGGUCCUCUGGCACUGGCCCUGCCUCCAGACAACCAGGUUUUGUUUUGCGCUCCCCUGUCACAAAUGCUGCACCAUUGGUUCUUAAUUUUGUAUCUCCAGAUUCUAAUUUAUGCCUAUGCAAAAAAUAAAUUAUGCCCAGGAUUA